GAACAGUUGACAGUGAGACCGGGCUAAGUUUUCAUCACAGAUAGUUUCCCCCCGACACUUUCACGGAAAAGUAUCCUCACAUCUGACAGCAACCAGAGCUCCACGGCCUCAGCAGAACUCCUUUUGAAGAUGAACUCCAAUGUGGAGAAUUUGCCACCUCAUGUUCUUCGCUUGGUAUACAAAGAGGUUUCAGCUUUAGCAGCAGACCCACCUGAGGGUAUCAAGAUUUAUCCUAGUGAUGAAGAUAUAACUGAACUGCACACAGCCAUUGAAGGACCGGAGGGAACUCCAUUUGCUGGUGGCAUUUUCCGAAUGCGUCUGGUCCUCGGGAAGGACUUCCCUGCUGUUCCACCCAAGGGGUAUUUCCUGACCAAGAUUUUUCACCCCAACGUGGGUCACAAAGGAGAGAUCUGUGUCAACGUGCUGAAGAGGGACUGGAAGGCAGAACUCGGCAUCAGACAUGUCUUACUUACAAUCAAGUGUCUUCUCAUCCAUCCGAACCCGGAGUCGGCUCUGAACGAAGAGGCUGGACGCUUGCUCCUAGAGGACUAUGCAGAAUAUGAGUCCCGGGCUCGUCUGCUCACAGAGAUCCACGCCAUGGGUGGGCCUGGCGGGACCUCUGGGGCACAUCAGGACCCUAACGACGGCCCACAGCCGAAGAAGCACGCAGGUGACCCUAUGAAGCGAGCGGGACCCAGUGCGGCAGCAGUGCCAGCAGCUCUGGGUAAUGGAGCUAAUGGAGCCAGUACCACCACCAGCAGUAGCAGUAGCACUAAUAAUGUAGCAGGGAAAAAGAAAGCAGAUAAAAAGCGGGCAUUGAGGCGACUUUAAUACCUCCAGUAAA